AUGGCCGGGCACCAAGGGAUGCCCAACUCGUCCCUGCGGGUUCUGGAAGAAGCGUUGGGCAUGGGCUUGACAGCAGCUGAGGAUAUUGCGGAGGCGGUGGCCGCCGAAGGAGCCUACUACCUGGAGCAGGUCACCAUAACAGAAGCAUCUGAAGAUGACUACGGUUAUGAAGAGAUACCAGAUGAUAACUUUAGCAUUCCAGAAGGUGAAGAAGAUCUGGCGAAAGCAACUCAGAUGGUACAAGAACAGGCUACAGAUGCUUUUAUUUUGGAGAAGAAAACAGUUCUUCCUUCGAAGCAUGCAGAACCUGAAGUAAUACAAGACUUUCUCUGCAAUUUCCUGAUUAAAAUGGGAAUGACCCGAACACUUGAUUGCUUUCAGUCUGAAUGGUAUGAAUUAAUACAGAAGGGGCUCAUUGAACUUAGGGACGCUGAGACUGUUCCAGGUGUCUAUAGCCAGAACAUGCUUUUAGAAAAUGAGAACAAAAAUUUGAAGAAAGAAUUGAAGCACUACAAGCAGGCAGCUGAGUAUGUUAUUUUUUAA